UGAAUAUUUUUACGUAUUCAUUCGUUUCAUUAGUAGUUACAGAUUUUUAGAUAUUAUUUCCUUUACUUUGGAGGUCAGUAAACAGGAGGACACUCACGUUCGAAGAAUAAACAAAAGGAUGUUGAACAAAAUAGUUCCCCUGUUAAGAGUUGCUGCCGAAUUGCAACUACGUCGUUCAAGUCAUGGUGUACCUGCCCACUGGAAGACCCUGAGCCAAAUAGCUCAUGAACAGAAAAGUCACAUGAACUUUUUGCCAGUCCCUGAAGGGUCCUGGAAAAAAGCUUAUGAUGCCAAGAAUUCUAAAAGAAAUGUAUUGCUCAUAGCUUCAAUUUUUGCUUUCCUUGGUACUUUCGGAUUUCUAUGGAAGAACAAUUUUCUUUACCUCCAUUCAGCACCCCCAACGUACAACUGCAAAAAACAGUAACUGAUAUCAGACUUGUUGUUUCCAUUUGAACUUGGCCAUAUCUCAAGACUUCAAUCAGCUUUUAUUUAUAGUAGGAUGAUGUUUUUAUUUUGUUACAUUCAAUCUAUCGAGUCUAGAAGUGCAGCUUGUGCUAUUCCAGGAGGUUGCUUAGCAUACAAUAGGUCAAUUGUCUAGGAUGUGACCUAUGUAUCACUGUGAUUUGUAAUUUACAGAAUUCAUUUUUUUUUGGUCUUUUAUUGGUGUUAUUUAUUAUGCAGCAAUUCCAAUAAAAGUUUGAAUGAAACUAGAGUGAUUGUUUUUGUAGUAUUAUGUGGUGAUCAAGUCAGGAUCUUUAUUGAAGAAUAUGCAAGAAAGUCAAGAUCAUGUAACAGUGAGAGGGCCUUGUUUUCAAUGUUAACACUAGUAUCAUUUUUAGUAGACAAGUCUUACCUAAUGGUAGCUGUAUUUAAAGUUGGCAGUUAAAUUUGACAAUUGUUUGAAUGAUUAAGUUGAAUAAAUUUUUUUAAUGGAAA